UCUCUAUAUUCACCUGAUUCUAUCUAUAUCACUCUCGUGAGAGAGCCGUUGACCAACUUAGAAUAUCUAACAUUAAAACCCAAUUUAAUGCGGCGUUGGCUGAGGUGGUCUGUUACUUUCAUUUUCACUGAUCUUUACCGACGUGCUGUAAUGACGGUAUGGGUUUUUAAAUAUUUAUAAGCAAUUCCUUAUUGGCAAAAUAAGACAAACAUACAUUCAUAGAGCCAGUAACAUAAAUUCCAGUAACAUAAAUCGGGGGCAUAGGAAACUUCAAAAUGGUGGCAUUCCUGAUGGGUCUCCAAGCCGGUUUUACCAAGUUUCCCUGCUGUCUUUGCCUUUGGGACAGCAGGGACUCCAAGGUGCGCUACCACAGGCCGGACUGGCCACAGCAGACAGAGUUCUCUGUGGGGAGGAACGUCAGGUGGACACCCAGAAGGUGCUGAUGCACAUCAAAUUGGGUCUUAUGAAACAAUUUGUCAGAGCUCUAGAUAAGGAGUCGGCAGGAACAAAAAUGUUGUUACAUAGUGAAAUCAUUCAGGCUACAGAAUAAUAAAGUACAUGGUGUUUCCUGACAGGGGCAGAGGCACGCUAAUAAUGCUAGUUCUGUUGGUUGAUGUGUUUUUGAUCUUCAUGAUGUCUGUUUCUUUGUUAGGCCAAUUGUCUCCUUCAGGAAUAAUGGUAACUGGGCCAGAUAGUCUGUUUGUGACUCUGCUGAUUCUCCUCUACAGUUUAACCUCUGAGUCUGGGCCUACUUUGCAUCAGCAACACUGACUCAAAUUAAUUCCUAUGAAGACAACUGAUGACACCUUUAUUCAUAGCAAAAAGGUUUGAGGUUCUUGGUCCAACUGAACCCAUUGUUGCUGUGACUGGUGAUGACAUCAUUCUACCCUGUUACCUCAAACCCAACAUCAGUGCUGAAGACAUGACAGUGGACUGGCGUAACCUUGACUUCAUAGAUGAUCUUCUCUAUAGCUACCAAAAUGGCAAAAUUAUACAAAAGGAUCAGGUUCCCUCCUACAGAGGAAGAACAUCACUUUUUCAAGAGGAACUGUGGAGGGGAAACAUCUCUUUAAAGCUUACCAGGGUACAAGUCACUGAUGAAGGGCGUUAUGAAUGCUUUACUAAGACAACGAGCUGGUAUGAUGGCGUUAAAAUGGAAGUCUUUGUUAAAGCUGUAGGAUCCAGGCCAGUGGUGUCCAUUGAAGGACACAGAGAGGGAGGGAUGGGUCUGGUGUGUCAAUCUGAAGGCUGGCACCCUGAACCUGAUCUGGUGUGGCUGGACAGUAAAGGAGUCAGUCUCUCAGCUGGACCUCCUGAGACACACAGAGACUUAAAGGGAUUCUACACAGUCAAACAACAUGUCAUUGUCCAGGAGACUGACACCAACCGCUUUACCUGCAGAGUCCAACAGAGACUAAUCAAUGAGGAGGUGGAGACAGAGGUUCACAUCCCUAGUGAGUUGUUUGAUUACGCAACCACAUGGAGACGGUCCUUCAUUGUGUCAUGUUGUUUGGGAGUCAUCACUGUGAUUGGGUCAGCUCUGACUGUAUACGGGAUACAUAUGAAGAAAGGUGAACUAAAACAAGAGUUGUUUGACCUCAGGAAGUACGUUUUUCAAGACAUCAGAAGACAUGCAGUGGAUGUGACUCUAGACCCUGAUACUGCACAUCCCAAACUCAUCCUGUCUGAGGACGGGAAACAAGUGAGACUUGGAGAAAUAAAACAAGAUCUCCCUGACAUCCCAAAGAGGUUUGAUUACAGUCCCAGUGUCCUGGGUAAGGAGGGCUUCUCCUCAGGGAGAUUCUACUAUGAGGUUCAGGUGAAGGGGAAGCGUUGGUGGACUGUAGGAGUGGCCCAAGAGUUUGUCAAGAGAAAAGGGUGGAUUACAGUGAACCCUGAGGAUGGAUUCUGGAUUGUGAGGCUGAGGGAUGGAAAGUUCAGGGCUAUCGCUGAGCCCAUGGUCCCCCUCUCCCUGAGAAAGAAGCCCCAGAAGGUGGGGGUAUUUGUGGAUUAUGAGGCGGGACAGGUCUCCUUCUUCAAUGUGGAGGCCAGGUGUCACAUCUACUCUUUCACUGGCUGCACCUUCACCGAGAAACUCCAUCCAUUCCUCACCCCUGGUCUUAAUGAUGAUGGUCAAAACUCAGCCCCACUAGUCAUCCGCCCUGUAAAUUUCACUGACUGACUGUUUUAAAUCAAACAACCCACUGGUCAUCUGUCCUGUAGAUGUCAGCUGACGACUGGUCAAAAUCAUUGUGUAAAAACGUUCUAGAAGUUACAUACCCGAAGGUAGCUAACGUUUGUGGGCACUGCCAAGUUUGUUUAUCAACCAAAGAUAAAGAUAAAAUGAUGAGUUAGUUACUCUGCGACCGGAUUGUCAUUUACAUUUGCUUGCGACUCCCAAUAUCCAGUGCAAUGCAAAUGAAUGGCUGCGCAUACGGGACAAUAUAGACAGUAAUUCAAUGUAACCUUCAAUAUAGACAGUAAAUCAAUGUAACCUUCAAAAACCAAUUAUUUGUCUAUUACUAAAUAUGAACUGGAAUCCAUAAUUUGUCAAACUUUUGAGAGCGUCUGAAUAAUAACGUAAAUAAAUGAUUAACGCACAACAUAUUGUUUGAUAGUUAGCGUAUGUUUUAUUGUUACAACAAGUGAAGCGUGCCAGUACCUUUACUGCUGUAGUUUGCUUAUAUUAGUAGUUUGCUAAUAUAAUUUUAACCAGUCAAAAUUAGAAAUUAGAAACAUAACUAAUAAGCAGUGUGGUGUUUUUGGGCAACUGUGGAUGAAAUGUGUUGUGACUUAAUUAAAUCUUAAUUAAAUUCUAGAACACUGAGUGAGUGCUGAAAUCAGCUGCAAAAAAACUCACGCUGGGAGGCCGUUAAGGGAUAUUUGAAACUUGAUGAUGUUUUUUUGUUUUUUUAAUCAAACAACCCACUGGUCAUCUGUCCUGUAGAUGUCACUGACUGACUGUUUUAA